UAAGGAGGAAGAGGCAGAAAUUGUAAUCAGCUGACCUACUUUCAAUUUCUAGAAGAAACAAGAAAUUGCAUUUCCGAGCUAGCUGUUACAGAAAGAGCGGCGGUUUAUUCAUUUUUAUUUGUGUUUUUUAAAAAGCUUGAUUAUGGCGAGCGGUACUGUAACAGAAUGUAAAGAGUACUUGUUCAAAGUUUUGGUAAUUGGGGAGUUAGGUGUGGGGAAAACCAGCCUCAUCAAGCGAUACGUACAUCAACUAUUCUCCCAGCACUAUAGAGCUACAAUCGGCGUGGACUUCGCUCUGAAAGUUAUCAACUGGGACAGCAAGACACUUGUCAGGCUGCAGCUUUGGGACAUAGCAGGUCAGGAGAGGUUUGGCAACAUGACCAGGGUGUAUUACAAAGAGGCUGUGGGAGCUUUCGUGGUAUUUGACGUGACAAGAGAAUCCACCUUCGAGGCAGUUUCAAAGUGGAAACACGACCUGGACAGCAAGGUAAAGCUGCCCAGUGGGAGCCCGAUCCCUGUUGUGCUCCUCGCCAACAAGUGUGACCAGAAGAAAGAUGGCAAUGGAGACAACUCCACCAACAUGGACCAGUUCUGCAAAGAGAGCGGCUUCCUAGGCUGGUUCGAAACUUCUGCCAAGGAUAACAUUAAUGUGGAGGAAGCUGCCCGAUUCCUGGUGGAGAACAUCCUAAUCAAUGACAAGGGUCUCCCUAAUGAGGACAGUAAUGGGGAUACAGUAAAACUGGAUGAGGAGAUGGUGGCAGCAGAGAGCAAAUCCCAGUGCUGCUAACAGGCAUGGGUCUCCCAGAGUGGAUUCAAGUCAGAGGCUGGAUCUCUGAGCAGCACAUGACUCAACAGUAAACCUACCGUGGUCAGGUCAGGUUGGAUUUGGCUGCUCAGGACACAGUGUAAUAAGGCUGGGCAAUAAGCCCUACAGUUCUCUUUAUCUUUGCUUGUGGCAUACCACUACCUUAAUAUGCUUCAGAACCAGUAAUGGAGCUGUGGUACUUCUAGAAGGCGUACAGAGUUGUUUUAUCAGUCGGGAUAUAAUUGUGAUUUUUUUAAAAAACAACAAAGCAAAACAAAAAAAAUUGUUUUGUUUUAGCUACUUAUCUGAUCCAAAAUAGUUUUUCCCGCAGCCUGAAUAAACCCAGGAGACAAAAUCCCAAACCUCAAGCCUUAACUAAAAUGCCUCUGGAUAUAUAUACACACACACACAAAAAGUAAAACCAGCAUGUUAAAAUCAAGGACAUUUUAUGAUGCUGUAAUUUCCAGUAAAAAAUACAGUUGCUCCAGUUACUGUAUAAUGAUAAUGUUAAACAACUGCUGAGAGAGUAUUUGAUUUUGUAUGCUUCUUUUCUUUUAAGUGUGUUUUGUUAUUUAAUUACAUUACCAAAAGAUCUCGGCACCAAGUAAGCCUUAUCUAAUACUGUACCCCCAUGACAUUUGCUAUGAAAUAUCAUUUGACAGUUACAUCAAAAAAGCCAUAAGUCUCAGGAGUGUUUCAAUGAGUGCUUCAGUUUGUAGGUAGUGGUAAGGCACUGAGGAUAAACUAAUUUAAUUCUGGCCAGCCUAACAGGACUUCUAUUAUUUUUGUAUUUUAUAACUACAUUUGUCAUUGGAAUGUAAUUUUCUGUGGGAUGGGAGUUCAAAGCCUUUAAAGUACAUGGUGACUUACAAUGUUAAUGAAUAUAUGUUACAACAAUUCUACAGCACAACCACCUCAAUUACAAUUGUGGGUGAAGGCCUAUGAAUGUGCCAUUCUGCACACACAUUUGAUACAUCUUUUAUAUAACCUCUUAGACUGAUAAGAAUGUAACGUACCUAGUGCUAGAUAAAAUAUGCACAAGAACACAGAAAUUGGAUAAAGGAACAGUGGUCAAAAGUGCUUUGGACUGUUGAUGGAUGAACAACGGUACGUGUAUAUUUUAGCCUUUUAGUCUUGUUUCCCUUUCUUAACAGAGGUAUUCUUACUGCAACACAUCCUUUAAGUCCUGAUUUCAAGAGUGACCUUCGUACUGCUGAUUUGAUGGACAUCACUACCUGUGCCUUCUGCCAGUUCUGUUGUCAACUCAACGCUUGUCUUCAAGUAUUGCUCAUCCUUGUUAGACAGCUUUUG